UUCAUUGGAGGACUUCUUGAUAUGUGGAUUACAGAAGAAGAUACUCUAAGCAAAGCCAGAGAUGACCCAAACUGGAGAGACGUUCUAUCCGCAAGACUUCUCCUCACCUUCAUAGAACUCAACCACCAGUUACUGGACUUCCCCCAUAUGGCGGCUGGACCCGCCUUCCAGGACAAGUGGACUUUUGCAUUGAGGCACCUUAGCUUGGCUAUCCUCAUGACAGAACAACUGCGUGACUGCUGGUUGGAGAACAUAGAUGAAAAGUUCAACUCAAGCCACUAUUUCAAACAUAUCUUUAACGCAAAUCUUUGGGAGAUGACAAACUCUUUGCCCGGGUCACACGCUGGACUCCAAGCACUGAAUGACACUCAGCACUGCUUGUUCGGCCGUGCGGGGCCGGCACUCCGGACGGCAUCUCGCUCGGUGUCUUCGAGCCUCAGUAUGAAGAUCAGCCUUCUGGCGAUAGCCUGCCUCAUCUACCCGGUAGUCAUGUUCUCCUUCAAGCAAAUGACUGAGUGGAUUGAAAAUUAUGCACAAAGUUUAACAGAGAAGACGGAGGACUUGAGACGUCAAAGACGGCUAGCCGAAGACCUGCUGCAUCAAAUGCUGCCAAAGUCAGUGGCCAAACAGCUCCGGCGACAUAAACACGUCGAAGCGGAGAGCUAUGAGAAGGUGACCAUCUUUUUCUCAGACAUUGUCGGUUUCACCUCCAUCUCAGCCUCCUGUACGCCUUUGCAAGUGGUGGAAAUGCUCAACAACCUCUACGUUUGCUUUGACACACGGAUCGACUCCCAUGAUGUAUACAAGGUCGAGACAAUUGGAGAUGCGUACAUGGUAGUGAGCGGACUCCCCGAGAAAAACGGGGACAGACAUGCUGACGAAAUUGCCAAGAUGGCUCUGGAUCUCAUCGCAGCCGUCCGACAGGUGUGCAUCCCUCACAUGCCCAACCAGAGGCUGCAACUCCGAGCUGGGAUUCACACAGGUCCAUGCGUGGCCGGAAUAGUGGGCUACAAGAUGCCCAGAUACUGUCUGUUUGGGGAUACGGUGAAUACGGCUUCGAGAAUGGAGUCCACCAGUCUGCGUAGUAUCUCAUUUUAUGUGACAGCUCAAAAAAUCCACACUAGUUCUGCAACCUACUUGGCCCUUACUAAAGAUUUUGCCUAUGAGCUGCAGCUUCGAGGGGAGAUUGAAAUCAAGGGUAAAGGCAAAAUGAACACGUACUGGUUGAUUGGCCAUAAGAACUACAGUGUCCAGAAUGACAGCCUGGUUUGCCACUGGAAUCCCAACAUGGCGAGAAAAAAGAAAACUGAGGCCAGCAGUGAUGUUUCUGCAGGAAAUUCAUCAGUGACAGUGCAGAGCCUCAGUGAAAAUGCCACCACCCCAGUGCCCAAUCACACACCACCCCAGCCUCGAUCCGAUAAGGCGGACCUGAGUGUGGCAGCUCAUAUGGGACCUUCAGGCAGCAACAAUGCUACCUUGGCCUCCAAAAGUGGGGGACUGCAGGGUGGGGAUGAGUCCGCCCUCCUGCCCGGUCAGUGCAGGAGCAGUGGAGACAAAUGUGACAUUCUGCCUGGCUCCGCAAACAAUAACAACAAUAACCUCGGUCAUCACUGGACCUUAUGUAACAAAAUAAGGCAUUCAUAAAGAGUUAAGAGAGUCUCUCUCUCUCUCUCUCUCUCUCUCUCUCUCUCUCUCUCUCUCUCUCUCUCUCUCUCUCUCUCUCUCUCUCUCUCUCUCUCUCUCUCUCUCUCUCUCUCUCUCUCUCUCUCUCCCUCUCUCUUUCUCGUUCAUUAUCUUUUUUUUCUAGACAGCUUCUAUCCUACGCCCACUAGAGAGAGCUAUGCACCAUUAUAGGAUAGUAACGAUUUCUUCCCCCUCAAUUUCAACAUAAGAUUAUUAUUACUCAGUGCCAUCUUGAUGCACAACUACCCAUAAACUCGACGACCUUUUUUGACCUAAACAUAAUACUUGUGUUGUCAUCAAUUGUAAUAGGAUACUUUGAAUGCUCCCACGUGGUGUUUUUUUGAGUGUCAGUGAUUUCUCGAAUCCCAACGUCAAUUUUCUUGAACAUUGAUUUGCAUCUGUUGUAACCGAUUCUUCAACACCCACCAGUUACCAAAUCAGUCCUGACAUGUUGUGAAUUCACGAAUGUAUUAAAGUAUUCAUUUAAGUAGUGUGACGUACUUUAUUAGUCAUUUACAGUAUUUUAGAGUAAUUUUGAAAAGUUGUUAUUCCACUUUUGAAAGACAGCAAAUGUACCAUUGUAUGGUGUAUUUCAUUUCAGUGUACAUGUUGAUUAUGAUCUGUUGGGAAGGCUUUCUAAAACAGCAUACUUGGGAUCUGCUCCGUAUUUCAUUAGGAUUUAACUUGGUUGACAUGAUGUACAUAAUACAACUUGACUGGAGCAACUGUGACCGUCUCUGUGAUCUAACCCACAAUAACACUUCCAUUGUGCUGGUUGCCUUACACAUUCACCCAAAAUUAUGAAUGAAUGAAUCGCAGAGACAUUUCCAUCUAUGAUUUAGUUGGAUGCAUUGUCGAUCCUGUAUGUGUUUCAUUUUCAUGUUAUUGAUCUUAAAUUGUGGUGUAUCUAUAAAAAAAAAAUACAUUUGUAAAAAUUAAGG